AUGAUAUGUGGUGUUUGGAUCUCGCCACCCUGGAAGAUACGCAAAAAGGAAGGGGGAAACUACUGCAAUCCAGUGUGGGAUGGAUUUUUGUGUUGGCCAGCAACACCAAGUAUGUCGCUGGUCCAUCUACCCUGCCCAGCGGAGAAAGGCGUCGAUAUCACUAAAUUUGCAAGUCGUCAGUGUGAAGUCGGCGGCCAGUGGGCGGGGCACCCUGAGAAAGAGAACGUGAAUGGCUGGAGCAAUUAUUCCGAUUGCUUCACGAAAGAGAUAAAGCUUCUUCUGGAUAAACUGUACACGAGUUCCGAAUCGGAUGUUCAGCGGAAGAUCCAGAUCGCGAAAGAAACCAGAAUCAUCGAGAUGAUAGGGCUCAGCAUAUCGCUCGUAUUUCUGCUCAUAUCCAUCUUUAUCUUCAUCUAUUUCGGUUCUCUCAGAAACAAGCGUACGCAAGUCCAUAAGAACCUCUUCUUCGCCAUGUUCGCACAAGUUUUCGUCCGUCUCAUCCUGUACACGGACCAGUGGCUCUCCAGGGAAUCCAUAGACAAUGCAAUCAACAAGAGCUCGCACCCGUACAGCAUUGAGAACGUAAGUUCCAGACAUGUCAGACUGAUUGAGAUUCAGAAUGAUGCCGGCAGGAAAAGUGAUGGCAAAUUUGAAUCACUCUGCAAUAUGCUGGAAAAAUUAUUGAAUAGCCGUGAUGGUGAAAAGAAGAACAUCCCUCGCCGAAACCCGAAUAUGACUUGCUGGGGGUGCAACAAGAAGGGGCACUUACAGAGAGAAUGCUCGCCAGUUUUAUGUGAGGCUUGUUACGUGGUCAUGGAAUACACGAGGACGUCAGUUUUCACUUGGAUGCUUCUGGAAGGAAGUCAUUUACAUACAAGUAUUGUCGUUGUUUUUCCCAAAGAAGUGAAAUUCAUAUUCUUUUACUGCAUAGGAUGGGGAUCGACUAUUGGUGUACCUUUCAUUUUAACAACAAUAUGGGCGACAGUAAUGGCCGUGCAUUACCCAAAGACUGUGUGUUGGUGGGGCUAUGCUUUAAGCCCUUACUAUUGGAUUCUAGAAGGUCCAAGGAUGUGCAUCAUCGCGAUAAACUUUGUGAUAUUAUUGAAUAUUGUGUGCAUCGUAUUGAUGAAGGUUCAAGUAAAUACUCCAAGCGAAUUCCAACAAAUUAGGAAGGCAGUACGUGCUGCACUUUUGUUGUUACCAUUACUGGGAAUCACUAACAUCAUGGAUGUGAUACCAGGUCCCAUCGAUGGCACACCUUUGCAAUUUGCUAUAUGGUUCUAUACUGCACAUGUACUGAGUGCAUCUCAAGGAUUUUUCAUUUCUUUAUUAUACUGCUUUUUGAAUAAAGAGGUUCAAGAAGCUGUUCGAAAACAGUGGCGCUUUUAUCGUUUCUCUGGCAAAUCAUUGAUAGCCUGCUGUUCGCAACCUGAACCUUUUCCUGUUCCAAGGAUCCGACCCGUCACGGAAGAGAAAGAAGUGUCGAGAAACGAGGCCAAAGUGAGUUCUGAUGAACCCAACAGCAUCUUAUAGCAUGAGGCUCCAAUAGGAGAUAGAGCGUUCCAUGGCCAGCCACAGAUUCUCUCUGACUUUCCCAUUGUGAUUUUUCACCGACAAGAGGAAUGAGUGUUUUCCACCAACAAACAAGGAGAUGGAUUAUAAAUACAGGGAACCUCCGAAACAUAUGAAAAACUGUAUAUAAAUAUUUUUCUGUUGCGUUUUUUCCACAAACCGGUUAAGAAAGGAUAAUAUUGAGAUGGAAUGAUUAUUUUCAUAAAGUCGGCACUGGCACAUAAUUAAGAAAAGAACAUAUUUUGAACACUACUAACAACUGUUUAUUAUGAGGAUUUAAUGUAUAUAAAUAUCGCACAGAUCAGUGUUUUUUGUACAUAGAGUAUGAAUUCAGCUUUAUGACGAUACACUAAUGUUCUUCUUUGUAUUAUCAAAGAAUGAAAUGCAAAAAAUAUUAAAAAACAGUUAUUUUGAAAAUUAUUUUAAUAAUUUUUCAGCAAAUUUAUGUACUAUUGCAAUUUAAUGACACAUAUCUGUUGAGACAUUCAUUAUUACUUCAGUGCUCAUAAGAAGGAUUCCGGAAUGACUUUAACAAUUCCAAACGACUCUUGUCUUUCAGAUACUUCAAUAUUUUCAUUUCGUACCAGAUUUUCGUAAAAAGUUCUUUGAUUCGGUGAGCUAAGGAGAAACACUGCUAUAUAGAAAAAUGGCAAUGUAUCUGAUGAAUAACUAAAGACCAAUUCCUAUUGUCAAGUUUAAUCAUUAACACUCUAAUUUCAGACAUAUUUUAGAUGAACAACAGAU